ACGGGAGAUCAACUUCGCAUCAAUCACAAACCAAGGUCAACGCGCAAACCAAGGAUCUCUCAACUUUUUGGUUUCAACACUGGUCGCUUCUCUAUUGCACUUUCUAUCAUAUAGUAUCAGUCGGUAAACCAGCGAACCCAGCGCUGAGUGACUGCAAGUUGUAACAUUCCGGCGCCUCAUCAAUCUUGCAGCACGCAGCACGCAUCAAUCACCCUUUGACGGCUAUCAACUGGCUGGUCUUAUUUACCAUCGUUCACUACCCUCCCGCUUUGACUUUUGUGGUUGAACUAUAAGCGUCGGGGUGCAGACUUAUCUGGCCACCAACAGAACGGAGCAAUUCCUUCAUACUAAAGCCGAGAUGCAUUCCUUCCGAGGCCGUAGCGGGCCAUCGAAGGCUACCCCGUCAAAUGUGCAGUGCCAAAAGUGCCUGAAGAGAGGCCACUACUCGUACGAAUGCAAAUCGGUACCGCAAGAACGCCCCUAUAUUGCCCGGCCUUCCCGCACACAGCAGCUAUUCAACCCUAAGCUGCUUCCCAAACUCGCAAGUGACACACCGAAUGCUUUACAGGAGAAGAAAGGGGUAGCUGAUGAAGAGCUGGCUAAGCGGGAGGCAGAAAGGGCCCGGAAACGGGAGCGGGAGUUGGACGAGGACGCCGCGUUGAGGGACUCGCCACCACCCAGGCGGCAAAGGUCGCCGUCAUAUGAUUCAGUCUCCAGUAUCUCUACCCGAUCCCCGUCUCCAGCCCCGAGACGGAGCCCCAGUCCCGAGCGUCGGGAGAGGCGGCGGGAUUCCCGGAGUCCUUCCCCUCGGGGUCCCCAGGGCCGCAAGUCGUCCUACGACUCGGGCGGCCGCUACUCCCGCGGCCCCUCAGAAAGCCCAGCACGCGGCUACCAGGCCAGAGGCUCACGGGCGCCACUUUCUCCUUCGCCUCAACGCUCUCCCCCACCGAGACACGAACGCGCUGGUCGCGAUGCGAGACGGCAUGGCUCUCCUGGGCCCGAGACUCGUGGAAGGGACUCGUAUGCGAGGCGCACAUAUUCGAGUUCCAGAUCUAGAUCCCCAGUGAGACGGGAGGAUAGGGGGGACGGACAUGGUGCUGGCCGUUAUAGGGAUAGGGAGGAUCGCGGCCACCGGGGAAGGAGCCCAUCGCUCCCGCCACCCCCGCCGGCCCGGCAGCCCUCCCCUCCGCGGGAAAGAAGCCUUAGCCCCUUCAGCAAACGGUUAGCUCUGACGCAGGCCAUGGGCAGGGGUAGAUGAGGAUAGGAAUUCCGGGUAUCAUACUAUGCCAUACUUUUUGUAGGAUCCAUGUAGCUCACCGGCAGCCCCAAAUAAAACAACACCAAUCCGCAAAAACAGUCCCAUAUCCGUACAGGGCGCCCAAUUAUGCAAUGCCCAUAUCUUAAACCCAGACGAUGCCAGUGACCAAUGUACCUUUCAAGCCAUCCCAAACUCAGCCGCCUCCGCCUCCCUCUCCCUCCGAUUCUCCUCCUCCUCCUCCCUCUCCCGCAACCUCAUCCCCUCCACAAGCGCCGCCCCAUCCAACAUACCCUCCGCCUCCGCAUCCCCCUCAUCCCCCCCUUGUUUCCCACCCC